AUGGCCGAAUCCAGCGACAUAUCCCCUGACAAUCUUAAAUCAACCAAUUUCAUAGAGGCAUCUGACGAAAUAGAAAAGGCCCCCUGCCCGCCAAUUUUGGCUCGGCCGAUGGAUAAGGAUCGAAUAGAAUCAGAAACAGCUGUGCAAGGGGGCCUUGUUGACUUUGGCGAUGAGACAGAUUCAUCCAAUCCCCAAAAUUGGUCCCCGAAGCUCAAAUGGACCUUGAUUGCUCUGGGCUCCUUAUCUCUGGCGACGAUCAUCUGCGCGCCCGUCGCGCCCCGGAUCAUGGCCGACUUCAACGAGACGGAUGACUUCUACAUAACUUUCAUCGUCUCCGUCUGGGAGCUCGGCGAGAUCUUCGGCCCGCUCAUCGUCGCUCCGCUCUCCGAGCUCUACGGCCGGUUGUAUAUUUACCAUGCCGGCAACGUCUUCUGCAUCAUCUUCUCGAUGGCCUGCGCCCUGAGCACUAACAUCCAGAUGCUGGUAGCGUUCCGCUUCCUCAACGGCCUGGCGAACGUAUCCCAGACGCUCAACCCCAGCAUCGUCGGCGAUCUAUUUCGGGUUGAGCAGCGAGGAAGCGCGAUGUCCAUGGUAGGUCUUGCGACGAUGCUAGGCCCCGUCGUCGGUCCUAUCAUAGGCGGUUAUCUCGGCGACGCGAUGGGGUGGCGGUGGUGCUUCUGGCUCAUCAUGAUCCUGUCCGGCUUCCUCGAGAUAUGGUUUCUGUUCUUCUUGCGCGAGACCUAUUCCGUGCAGAUCCUCAAGAAGAAAGCAGAGCGGCUCCGCAAGGAGACCAAUAACCCUAACAUCAGGUCCAAGUACGAAACAGACCAUACGGCGUCGCAGCUGUUCAAAAAUGCUUGCGUACGGCCGAUAGUGAUGCUUUUCACAUCCCCCGUUGUGUUCCUGUUGUCGCUAUAUGUUGCCGUGGUUUACGGAUACUUCUACCUGGUCACGACAACCAUCACCACUGUCUUUGAAUCCACCUAUCACUUCUCGACAAGCGUAGUUGGUCUUAGUUUCCUAGGAAUUGGCAUCGGUUGCGUGCUUGGCGUUUUUUUUUGUCGAGCGACCCUCGAUAUCUGGGUUCGCCGACAGGCUAAAUCCGGACAAGCACGCCCCGAACAGCGUCUCCCGCCCGUGAUAUUCAGCGGGUUAGUUUUCCCCGUCGGCCUGUUUAUGUACGGAUGGACGGCCGAAGUUCAUACGCAUUUCUUGGCGCCAAUCAUCGCUACCGGGAUCAUGGGCGUGGCACUCGUUUCCACGACAAUCCCGGUGCGAAGCUACCUCGUUGACGCAUUCGGUAUAUACGCCGCAAGCGCAAUUGCCGGGUGCGGCGUGUUGAGAAACCUUGGCGCAACAUUUUUGCCGCUCGCAGGGCCACCGUUGUAUCAGAGAUUAGGUCUUGGCUGGGGUAAUUCGGUGAUGGGCUUUAUUUCGCUAGCCUUUAUACCCGUCCCAUUACUCUUGAUGAGAUACGGUCAAGCACUAAGAUCUAGGGAUAAACGGAAUUACGAAGCGUAG